GUGCGGCAGACAUGGCGGCCGUGCUGCAACAAGUGCUGGAGAAGGCCGAGCUGGCCAAGCUGCCCAAAGCCUUACAGGGCAAACUGGAGCGGUACCUGGCCGAGCAGCAGGGGGAGCUGGAGCAGCUGAAGUCCCGGCAUGAGAAGUUCAAAGUGGACUGCGACCAGCAGUAUUUUGAAAUUGAGAAGCGUCUAGCACAGAGCCAGGAACGUCUUGUAUCGGAAUCACAGGAAAGUCAGAGUCUGAGGGAACAGCUCGAGAAGAAUCGUCAGGAACAAAAAGAACUAAAUGAAAAAGUUAAAGAUCUGGAGACAUCGAAUGUUCGCCUUGUGGCCUUACAGAGUCAGUUAACAAGGACCAAAGAGUCAGUAGAGGCUGAAAAGAGAGAUCUAGUCCGCACCAAUGAGCGCCGAGCCCACGAGCUGGAACAUCUUAAUGAUGACAUAAAACGUCUUAAUGAAAAACUGAAAGAAUCCAGUGCUGCCAAGAUGGAGCUACAGCUAAAGCUGGACGAGAUACAGUCCUCAGAGGUGUCCAUCAAAUAUCGGGAAAAGCGUUUGGAACAAGAAAAAGAACUUUUGCAAACCCAGAACAACUGGCUGAACAAUGAAUUGCGAUCAAAGACAGAUGAACUGUUGUCUGUGCAGAGGCAGAAAGGAAACGAAAUCUUGGAGCUUAAAGGAUCCCUGGAAAACAAAACGGACGAGGUGAUUCGGCUAGAGGAGCAGGUUAAAAGUCUGAAGGCAAGUAAUGAAAAUCUACAAAAACAUGCAGAAGAUCUAAUGAAUAAACUAAAAGAGGCAAAAGAACAGCAAACAAGUGUGGAAGAAAAGUUUCAUAAUGAACUCAAAGCAAAUAUUAAACUUUGCAACCUCUACAAGAGCGCAUCCGAGGAUUCUGAGGCAAAGUGUGUAGAGCUGACCGGGGCAGUUGAGGAACUGCAUAAACUCCUUAAAGAAGCCGGUGAUAAUAAUGCAUCUCUCCAGGAUCAACUGGGAGAAAUGGAAGCUGCAAAAAGUCAAGCUGAGAAAGACCUUGGGGAAAGAAUCAGUAAACUGGAAAGAGAACUAGAAAAUGCAAAUGAUUUGCUUUCUUCCACCAAGCGGAAAGGUGUUAUGUUGAGUGAAGAAGAAUUGACUGCAAUGUCCCCGACAGCUGCUGCUGUGGCAAAAGUUGUGAAACCUGGGAUGAAAUUGACAGAGCUCUAUAAUGCAUACAUGGAAACUCAAGAUCAGCUAAUGAUAGAAAAGCAGGAAAAUAAGAGAAUCACAAAGUACUUGGAUGACAUAGUAAAAGAGGUGGAGGCCAAAGCCCCCAUUCUGAAACGUCAGCGAGAGGAGUAUGAGCGUAUGCAGAAAACCGUGGCAAGUCUGUCUGCAAAACUUGAGCAAGCUAUGAAGGAAAUUCACCAUCUGCAAAAUGAAACGGAUAAGGCCAAUAAACUUUCCUCUGUGCUUGAAAAUGAAAACCAGAGACUGGAGCUCCAAGUGAAAGAUCUUUCCCAACAGAUUAAAGUGUUGUUAAUGGAACUGGAAGAGGCCAGAGGAAACCAUGUCCAAAGAGACGACGACGACGUCAGCUCCGCUAAUAUCAGCAGCUCUUCUGAAGUAAUAACACAGCACUUGGUUACCUUCAGAAACAUCGAUGAACUCCAGGAGCAGAACCAGAAACUUCUGGUCGCAUUGCGAGAGCUCGGAGAAUCCAAAGAGAGAGAAGAGCAAGAAGCGUCUGCUGCACAAAUUUCCGAUUUGAGGCGCGAGCAUGAAAUGGCUCUUGCAGAAUUGGAGCAGCUUCGUGAAAACCGUCAGCACCAGAUACACAUGGUAGAUUCUCUAGUACGUCAACGAGACAUGUAUCGUAUACUGUUGGCUCAGACCACUGGAGUCUCAUUCCCUUCUGCAGAUGAAGUGUCUUUGACAUCAACCCCAAGAAAAUCCCCCGGAGCCUCUCAGCUCACUUCUACUCCGACUCCUGCAGUUCUGAUCUCUGAAUCCACAGAUGCUGCAGAAGCUAAAGCUGCACUGAAACAGCUUAAAGAAGUGUUCGAGAAUUAUCGUAAAGAAAAAGCAGAAAAUGACCGAAUGUUCAAUGAACAGAAUGAAAAACUGCAGGAGCAGGUCACCGAGCUACGAUCCCAAAACACAAAGAUUUCCACUCAGCUAGAAUUUGCUUCAAAACGAUAUGAAAUGUUACAGGACAACGUAGAAGGUUAUCGUCGAGAAAUAACAUCAUUACAGGAAAAAUCACAGAAGCUCUCGGCUACAACCCAAAAACAGGAGCAGAUUAUUAACACCCUGACACAAGAUCUGAGAGCUGCCAAUGAAAAGCUGGCUAUUGCAGAAGUAAGAGCAGAGAACUUAAAGCGUGAAAAGGAGCUUCUGAAGAUGACAGAAAAUAGGCUAACCCAAGAAAGAGAUUCCUUAUGUCUUGAGCAAAGGGGUCAGAACUUACUGCUAACAAAUCUACAAACCAUCCAGGUCACCCUUGAAAAGUCUGAUACAGAAAUCAGACAGCGAUAUACCAACCAAAUAGAAAGGCUGGAGCAAGAGUUGACCCAGGUCAAGAAGAAACUGGAGCAUGAAAUAGAACAAAGGCACUUGACUGGUAAAAACCAAGAUGUUCAGAUUUUGGACCUUAAACGCCAGUACGAAUCUGAGGUCAAUCUCCACAAUAGCACAAAAGAACUCCUGAAAAACUCGCAUAAAGAAAUUUCCUCACUGAAGCAACAACUUGUUAAUUUCGAAGCGCAGUUGGCGUCCCGCCCCAGCCAGUUGUCUUCCAGUAAAGAUACAGAAGAGAAAGCUGAAGAUAUAGAAGAAUUAAAGAAUAAGCUAAAACAAUCUGAAGAGUUGGUGAACGAGCUUAAAGAGAGGCUGAAAACGGCUACUAGUAAUGUGGAGCAAUACAGGGAAGUUGUACUAAGUUUGGAAGAAUCCCUCAACAAGGAAAAACAGGUAACCGAAGAGGCGUGUAAGACCAUAGAGGUACGAAUGAAGGAAGCGUCGGAGUACCAGACGCAGCUUGAAAAGAAGAUGAUGGAGGCAGAAAAGGAAAAACAAGAGCUUAGAGAUGAAAAGCACAAAGUUGUUGAAAACAUGGAGCAACAGCUCUCCCAGCUCAGACAAAGUCUCACCACUCUCCAAGGUGAAGUCCAGUCUUCUCUUCAAAGAUCGACCACUGCUGCAAACAAUGAGCAGAAAGCCAGACAGGAUUGCCAAGAGCAAGCAAGAAUUGCUGCUGAAGCUCAGAACAAGUAUGAACGUGAACUGAUGUUGCACGCAGCGGAUAUUGAGGCUCUUCAGGCGGCUAAAGAGCAAUUGGCCAAUGCCGCAGCUUCACGCCAGAAAACCGAGGAAGCGGCACAGAAGGCUGGAGCUGAACUGCUGGAGUGCAAGGCAUCCUGGGAGGAGCGCGAACGUAUUCUAAAGGACGAAGCUUCAAAGAACCUUUCCCGGUGUGAAGAUUUGGAAAAGCAAAACAGACUAUUACACGACCAGAUAGAGAACAUCAGUAAGAAGAUGGUGACUUCUGUUCAGGAGCGAGCGCUCAAUGUGCCCUGUACUGAAGAAGGGAAGUCCCAGGAGCAAGUCCUGGAGAUUCUCAGAUAUGUGAGACGGGAGAAAGAAAUCGCAGAGACCAGAUUUGAGGUUGCUCAAGUUGAAUGUUUGCGUUACCGCCAGCGGAUGGAGCACAUGGAGAGGGAGAUCAACGAGCUGCAAGACAGUCUGAACGCAGAACGGGAGAAAGUCCAGGUAACUGCAAAGACUAUGGCCCAACACGAGGAGCUGAUGAGGAAAACAGAAACCAUGAAUGUUUUAAUAGAAACCAACAGAUUUUUAAGGGAAGAUAAAGAAAAGCUGGAACAGGACCUGCAGCAGCUUCAGGCGAAGAUCAGAAAACUAGAGUCCAAUAUUUUACCAUUGCAAGAAUCCAACUCUGAAUUGAGCGAGAAGAGCGGCAUGCUGCAGGCAGAGAAGAAAUUGCUUGAGGAAGAUGUGAAACGCUGGAGGGCCCGAACACAGCACUUACUGAAUCAACAAAAAGACACCGAUGCAGAAGAAUAUAAAAAGUUGCUUUCUGAAAAAGAGGUUACUACCAAACGUAUCCAGCAGCUGACUGAAGAGACCGGGAAACUGAAGACUGAGAUUGCCAGGCUAAAUGCAACUCUGAAUACGAGUCAGAACCAGUGUCAGAACGCCAAAGAGGAAAAUGUAAAACUAAAGACCGAAAAAGAAAAUCUGCAGAAAGAGCUUACGGCUAAAGUAACAGAUAUACAAGAGAAGAUAAAAACCAUCACCCAGGUGAAGAAGAUCGGAAGGCGAUACAAGACUCAGUAUGAAGAGCUGAAGGUUCAGCACGAUAAGCUGGUUGCCGACACUUCAUCGGCCCAGGCAAAUCAGUCUGAAGAGCGAGCUACUCAGAAAGAAGUGCAAGAAUUGAAGGAUUCUCGAAUACAAGCAGAACUCAAGUCAUCAGCCCUGCAAAGCCAGAUGGAAGCUGUGCAGAAGUCCCUAGAUGAGAAAGAAAAUGAAUGCAAAGCUCUACAGGAACAGAUCGCACAACUCCAGUCAGACCUCUCCAAAGUCCAUAGAGACCUCCAGGACAAGACCACGCAAGAGGAGCAGUUGCGUCAGCUCAUAAAUGAAAAGGAGGAGAAAACGAAGAAAACUCUGCUUGGGGCCAAGCAGAAGCUUGCACAGCUUACAGGAUUGAAGGAGCAGCUAUCAAGUGAGAAUGAAGACCUGAAACAAAAGAUCAGUAAUCUUGAUAAGCUGAAGGAAGAGCUGGAGGUCAGAAUGAACGCUCUGAAAUCCCAGUACGAAGGGAGGAUCUGUCGCUUGGAGAGAGAGCUGCGCGAGCAACAAGAACGACACCACGAGCCCAGGGACGAGACUCAGGAGCCCUCAAAGGGCCCGGAGCAGAGACAGAUUACUGUAAAACCGUCUGCUGCGCCUGGAGAAAGGGGAAUGGCCAGUUUGACAGAACCACCCACUGCUAACAUCAAGCCGACUCCAGUAGUGGCCACGCCAAGUAAAGUAACCGCAACACAAAGACCACCAAGAGCUAGUAUUCGCCCUAUGGUCACCCCUGCUACUGUGUCUACUCCGACAGCUACUGUUAUGCCCACAACCCAGGUGGAAACACAAGAAGCAAUGCAGUCAGAAGGUCUCUUGGAGCAUGUUCCAGUUUUCGGAAGCACCAGCGGAUCUGUUCGUUCUACCAGCCCCAAUGUUCAGUCAUCGCUCUCACAAUCUGUUCCAGCUGUUCAGCAGCAAACUGCCUUCGUCCAGCCAACUCAGCAGUCGCAUGCUACUAUAGAGCCCUGCAAUCUGGAACCCGCUGUGGAGGUUGUCCAGAGCUCUCCUAUUGAGAGGCCAUCUACAUCCUCCUCUGUGUUUACCUCGUUUCCAGCAACACAAAGUUCUAUGUCAAAACGUCAACGGGAAGAAGGGGAAGAGAGCUCUAUGGAGACCUCAGAACAGACUAUGGAGGAGCCGGACGUGCCUGUUACCAAAAAGCUGAGGACUGUGCAGAGAGUUGAACCAGAGGAGGAGGUUUUGGCAGAAGAUGCUGCUGAGGCGGAGGCCCACUCAUUUGAUCAAGAAUCCCAGGAUACGCUUACACAGUCUGCUAGUUUGGAAUACCCGCAGAUUCAUGACAGCGAGGAGUCCUUACCAACCAUUGCUGAUAAUACAACACAGAUAGCUGAUGCAACCCAAACCGUACAGUCCUCCCAGGACUCUGCAACUAAACGUGAUGAUAUAAUAGUCAUAGAAAGUGACGAAGAGGAGGAGGAAGAGGAUGAAAAUGAAGGGGACCAGGAGGAUAUGCAAGGAUAUGAAGAAGAUGAGGAGGAGGAUGAAGAUGAUGAUGGCGGGAUGGGUGAAGAGGGGGAUGAGAGUAAUGGUGAAGAUGGCAGCGCUGACGGCAAUGACAACUAUGAAGGAGAAGAUGCUGCCGGCACUGAAGGCACCGAUCCAGGGACAGAGACGGAGGAAAGUCUGGGAACUGGAGAUAUUGGUCAGAGAGCUGCAGACUCUCAGAAUAUCGGUGAAGCUUCCACAGGGACCGCCGAAUCCUCACUUUCACAAGAAGCGAGGGAGCAACCAUCUUCUGCUUCUGACCGUCCAGGUCCUCGCCCUCCCCAAUCACCUCGUAGACCACCACAUCCCCUGCCGCCACGUUUAACCAUCCAUGCACCUCCUCAGGAGCUUGGACCACCAGCUCAGAGAAUUCAGAUGGCCCGAAGACAAUCAGUAGGUCGGGGACUUCAGCUUACACCUGGCUUAGGAGGCAUGCAACACUUCUUUGAUGAUGAAGACCGUACAGUGCCGAGCACACCGACGCUUGUUGUACCUCACCGUACAGAUGGUUUUGCCGAAGCAAUCCACUCUCCCCAGGUAGCUGGAGUUCCUAGAUUCCGGUUCGGCCCACCAGAAGACAUGCCGCAGGCCAGUUCUAGCCAUUCCGAUCUUGGUCAGCUUGCAUCUCAAGGAGGAUUAGGAAUGUACGAAACUCCCCUGUUCCUUGCUCACGAGGAGGAGUCGGGGGGUCGCAGUGUCCCAACCACACCGCUUCAAGUUGCAGCCCCAGUUUCUGUUUUUGCUGAGAACCCUGCAGCCGAUACUUCAGAUCACGCUUCUCAGUCCGUUCCUAUGGUCACGACUUCCACUGGAAAUGUUUCUACAGCUGUGGAGUCUGGCACGGCAGAUGAAGGAGAUGAAGUUUUUGUGGAGGCAGAAUCUGAAGGAAUUGCCUCAGAAUCUACAAUAGAAAUGGAAACGCGGCAGGACCAAGAUCCUGUUCAACCUUCGGACACUGACCUUCCUUCCACAAGCCAAGAUCCUCCUAGCUCCUCGUCCGCAGCAGACACAAGCACUAGUCAGUCAAAACCGCUCAGAAGAGUCAGACUUCACCCGCAGACUGGACGACCGGCUGUCCGCGGGCGGCAGUUCACCAGACAAAGAGGAGUUCCUUUAGGAAGUAGAGGAGGAAUAAACAGAAGCAACUUUUAAGAGCACUCUUUCCCCUAAUGUGAAUAUGCAGCUUUCAUUCCCAGUUUUACUGUUCGUCAAAUUUCAGCUUUUUUGUAAAAGUAAAAUUAAAGAUUUAUUAA